CUUCUUCGUUAUCCACUAGUCUCUCUCCUUUGUGUGGUGAAAUGCAUUUCCCUCCAUUCUCUUUGGCUCUCUCUCACACUCGUCCAUGGCGACCACCGCAUCUUCGUCUCUCCCUCGUAAUUACUCCUUCACACCUCCUCGUCCUCCUCCAUCUUCAAUCCGCGGACCUGGAACGCUGCCGCUUUAUCUCCGCAGCAACCGACGGUUAGCUUUAACUUACCGAUUGGACCAGAAUUCGAAGCGGAGAAGUGGUGGCGGAAACGUAAGAUGCGAGGCGACGGAGGUAUCUUCUUCUUCUUCGUCUGUAUCCACACCUGGAAGGAAUUGGGUGCCGGUUGUGCCGUUAUCGGCGCUUCCGAAAGGUGAACGGCGAGUGGUUAUUCAAGACGAUGAGACGAUAUUGUUGCUUUGGUAUAAGAACGAUGUGUUUGCUAUUGAGAAUCGUUCUCCUGCUGAAGGAGCUUAUAGCGAAGGACUUCUCAACGCUAGGCUCACUCAGGAUGGUUGCAUUGUGUGUCCAUCGACGGAUAGUACGUUUGAUCUUAGAACUGGAGAGAUCCGGGAAUGGUACCCGAAAAACCCGGUUCUCAGAGUCUUGACACCUGCACUGAGGAAACUAUUUGUGUACCCUGUCAAAUAUGAUGAGGAGAACAUCUAUAUCAGCAUUAGAGACAGUGGGAAAACAGAGGCAGCUGCUGAGAUUGUCUUCAGUGGAAAAGCUCAGCCUGGGCUCACAGCAACAAACGUCAAUGUAGAUGAGGUGAGAAUGAUUGUGGAUGAGGGGUCUGAAGGAUUUGGUUUCACGGUGAAGAACGAAGUGAUAAACGGGAAGGCGGCAGUGAUAGGAUUCUUGCUGCUGUUAGAUUUUGAGCUAUUGACAGGUAAAGGUCUAUUGAAGGGAACAGGUUUCUUGGACUUCCUUUACUCUGCUUCAGAUGCUUUCAAGUAGAGAUAAUAUCAUUGUUGGUCUGCUUUUGCUUGCCUCGUUUGUGCAGUUUGCCGAGAAACAAAAAAAAAAUACUUCAGUAACGACUCACACCAUGUCUUAGUAUAUAGAGAUGGCUUUGCUCUGUCUUUGUUUGUGUUUACCUCUUAUACGAGAUAUUCUUUCUUCUCCGUGAGUUCAAUUUAUAACCUUCUAUCUGUUUUGUUUGACAUACAACACUUCAAUUUCAUUGGAUGAAACAAAAAUUCUUUUCUAAA